GCCGAUGCCGAAUACCCGUUUGAAGUGAACUUUCGUUUCGUCGAUUAAUAGUUGUCAAUCAUCGCUGCAACGCCUAGCAUGAUAACAAUAACCUUCAAAUCCACAGCGGUAGUAAAACACAACUCAUUAGCAUCCAACCUCCACAGAGAACAUAACAAAAUACACCUCUGAAAACAAUAUGGCUUCAAGAYUGGUGGCUAUUUUAACUUUUCUGCUUCUGUAUUCAUGUUUAUAUUUUUCCAAUGCAGAUAACUAUGACGAGUUACCCGCCGAGUCAGAAUCCACGCUGAACGAUCUUGAUACUGAUGAUAUAUUUGAAGAAGGAYUGACAGAUGUCAAUCUCCAAUCCGACGAACAUCCUCCGUUAGAAAGAAAAGAUUACAUGGAUGAUGCAAUGAAUGCAGAUAUGGAAGAAUUAGAGGAUGAAACGCCUCUCGAUAGAUUAGUGGAUAAAGUUGAUCAUAUGAAACAACAGAAAAUAUUGUCAGACCUUAAUCAGGAGGAUUGGCAAACUGCUCCAGAAAACGAGGCUCUCACCGAUGAAAUGGUGGGUGGUGAAUCCUUAGAUGAAAAAGACUAUCGAUUUUCUAACGAGAUGGAAAGCUUUGACGAAGAUUUAGAAGAAAACUUCGUGCCCGUGGGCUGCUUCAAUGAUAACGAAGAUUCUAGAACACUUCCCGAGCUUAUAGCAAACUUCCGAGGCCAAAUUGAUUGGAAUAACCUGAACAAAACCAUCUACGACUGCGCAGAAGCUGCCUUUUCUAAGGGUUAUCGUUACUUUGGAGUCCAGUUCUACGGAGAGUGCUGGAGCGGCCCUGGUGCUGAGARAACGUACGACAGAGAAGGGACUUCUCAAGACUGCGAGKCUGGCGUUGGGAAACACUGGACAAAUUAUGUGUACCGCUUUGUUGACGCUGAAAACCAAAUGUGCAAAAACUACAAAACACUUGACGAUGAAACUCGGUCAGCAAGCUAUGUCUCUAAAAAGGCUGUAUGCGACUCCUCACUAACUCCAGGAUGGUACAGGUUCAYGGGGAGCGCGGGCUCUCACAUGGCAAUGGAAUGCGUCCCUUUGCUACAUUGUGGUACCCAUGCCCCUGGUUGGAUGAUAGGAAAUCUGCCAACUCAAGCCGAGGGAGAGGUGGAAAGAAAAGUCUGUUUYACUUGGAACGACGACUGUUGUCGUUGGCAAUCAAAUACAUCUGUUAGGAACUGUGGUGAAUUUUACGUUUAUAAGCUCCAGAAUCCGCCAGCUUGUCGCCUGAGGUAUUGUGGGAAUGGAAUAGGGACGCCAAAAAAGAUCCUUUCUGAUGUAGUAUUUACGGAUGACAAACCAGAACUGAGGGAAUAUGAAUCUCUUGGUUGCUUCCUGGACAAAGGUGGUGMCAGCCGACCAUUACCAGUAAUGAUCGGCAACCUAAGACCAUCAAUUGACUGGGCGAACUURAAUAAAACAAUUCAUGCGUGUGCUCGCCUGGCUCAAAGCCUGGGCUUCGAGUACUUUGGUAUUCAGUUUUGGGGAGAAUGUUGGAGUGGAGCGACUGCUGAUCAAACGUUUGACAAAGAUGGACCAUCAAAGAAGUGCGCCGCUGGAGUGGGUAGUGCUGGCUCAAAUUUUGUAUAUCGCUUUAUGAAAGGAAUUACAACAGUAGGUCCAACUACAGUGGCACCAAUGACAUUGCCCAAUGAGUGCACAGCGUAUACAGCUCUGGAUUCUGCCGACAGAUCUCAAAAUCAAGGCCCCGUUUUAMGWAUCAAAUGCGACWKUAACGUCAAAGGAUGGUACAGGUUUACAGGUAACGCGGGCUCAAAYAUGGCGAACUCUUGUGUUCCUAUUCAGCACUGUGGAACCCAUGCCCCUGGUUGGUUGAAUGGCAAGCUGCCAAGUCUAGCCGAGGGRGCAGUAGAGAGAGAAGUGUGUUUUAAUUGGAGAAAAGACUGUUGUUACUGGACGGCGAAAACAAUGGUAAGGAACUGUGGAGGGUACUACGUCUACAAGCUGAACAGAACACCGCAUUGUAAACUUAGAUAUUGUGGAGAUGGACGUCUUCAAGUAACGACCACUGCUCCUCAAACGACAACUGUUUCCACGACAACCACUCCUACUCCGCAACCGACGACAACUCCAGAUGAAUGUCUUGCAUACAAAGUCCUCGAUUCCGCUGACMGAGCACAAAGCCAAGGUCCCCUCGACARCGGAAAUUAUAAAUGCGACAAAWCGCUAACCGCUGGAUGGUAUAGGUUUUCAGGCAGCGCGGGCUCACACAUGGCUACGUCWUGCGUUCAAAGAUUUCACUGCGGUACCCAUUCCACUGGCUGGAUGAAUGACACGCUGCCAAGUUUCGCCGAGGGAAAGGUGGCACGACAAGUUUGUUUUAACUGGAAUGGUCAUUGUUGUCAUUGGAAGAUUACGGUGUUGGUGAGAAACUGUGGUGGAUUUUGCGUGUACAACCUUAGAAAACCACCAAACUGUCGACUGAGAUACUGUGGAGAUGGUGUACUGCAAGGGACAACACCGCAAACAACAAACAAUCCAAUGACGACGAGAAUGACAACGCCGAAAAUGCCUCCUAUUCCUACAAUACGAACGACAAGAAAGCCGACGACGACCGAAC